AGCGUUCGCAUCCUUGGCAAGUGCAGGCACAUUCGUGGCUCUUGAGAGCACAGGAAGAGCACGGCACCUGCGAACAGAUUGUUCCCGCGUUGAGAUCAUGUUAAUGUUAUUUGUUGCAGCUGCGACUGUGGUCGGCGUUUAUGUCAUCUUGGUUGAAACCCUCUUUAAGAGAUCUCAGUGUAGAAGCUUUACAGCAAUGGCUGGGAAGACUGUGAUUAUUACGGGGGGCAACACGGGCAUAGGAAAGGCCACUGCUCUUGAUCUGGCCAGGAGAGGAGCGAGGGUUAUCCUGGCCUGCCGCAACCAGCAGAAAGCAGAGGCUGCCAUCGGCGAUAUCAGGAGGGAGAGUGAAGUUGCCGAUGUGGUGUACAUGCAGCUGGACCUUGCGAGUCUGAAGUCUGUGCGCUCCUUCACUGACACCUUCCUGAAGACUGAGCCCAGACUGGACCUGCUCAUCAACAAUGCGGGCUUGGUAGCUGAUGGGCGCACCGAGGAUGGCUUCGGGAUUGAGUUCGGUGUCAAUCACCUAGGCCACUUCCUUCUGACCUGUCUGUUAUUGGACCGCCUGAAGGAAGGAGGUGGCGGACGUGUGGUCACAGUGUCCUCCAUGGCCUACCGCUGGGGCAAAAUAGACUUUGAGGCCCUCAUUACCAAAAAAGACCUGGGCACUGGGAGAUACAGCUGGCAGUUUUUCCAGGCCUACUGCAACAGCAAGCUCUGUAACAUCCUCUUCACUCAUGAGCUAGCCAAGAGGCUAAAGGGUACCAAUGUCACCUGCUACAGCGUUCACCCAGGGAUUGUGAGAACGGAGCUAUCGCGGAAUGUCAGCUUGUGGCAGAAGGUGUUCAUUGAGCCAGUGGCCAGAAUGUUGUUCCUGGAUCCGGAGGCCGGUGCCCAGACCACCUUGUACUGCGCCCUCCAGGAGGGCAUCGAGCACCUGAGCGGGCGCUACUUUGCUUGCUGUGCAGUGCAGGAGGUGUACGCCAAGGCCAGAGAUGACGCCGUCGCCAGGAAGCUGUGGGAGGUCAGCGAGAGAUUGAGCGGCCUGGUUUGAGCACUCGCUGACACCUGCCCUUGUAGAUCGGGGAUGCAGAGAUGGGACUGCCACUCACACUCUGCUUGUGUCAUUUUGGAAAUGGCUAUAUUUUCAGACUGCAUUUGACACCUUCAGAUGCCUUGCCUUUCCCUGCCUAUGUAACUGAAUGUACCCUCAGUGAAAUGCUUGAAAGUGUCAUUGAAUUCUAAUGAAUUUAGCUGGAUGUUUUGCGAGGGAAGAGUGCUGUUUGAGAACAAUGGUUCAUUGUACACAUUAAAUGCACAGUCAGAGUACCCAUACUAUGUGUCAUGAAAAAGCAUCGAAGGGCCAAAACUCCUUGGCAAACACAUCAGUAAUGUAUAUAAAUUUAUCAUUUUGCUUUAUAAGAAUAAAUGAUUGCAAAUGA